AAUGUUCAUCAAUUCAGUCAUAGCUAGGAUAUAGUAACUGCUCUCCAACAGAUCUUUCCAGUGUCACACUCGUACUUCAACGGCAAAGCUACAGCCUUUGUUCUUGAAAAUGAGCGGAUUGCUACUUUUAUUGCAUUUGAAGCUUUCAGCUUUGCAAAAACUACAGGAGACGGCAAAUGAUAUCCUACGCAAAUGGUGGCCAAACUCCCCGGGAUUUGCGGCGUCAAAGAGGAUGGAAUCUUAUGAAGAAGUCGGGAGAGUUUCCGAGAUCUUCAUCUACCCUGUGAAGUCGUGCAGGGGGCUGGCCGUGGAGGCGGCUGAGGUCACUCCCACAGGACUGAAGUACCAAGCACUGAUGGACAGACACUGGCUGGUGGUGAAUGAGAAGGACCACUUCCUCACAGCCCGGCAGGAGCCGUCCCUGGUGCUGGUGACGUCCAGCCUGGCCGAGGACGGCAGCCUGUGUCUGGACGCACCCGGCAAGGACACGCUGAGGCUACCGGUCAAUCUGGAGCAGGGCAGGCUUGUCCACACAAAAGUGUUUGCUGUGGCGGGAGAAGGGGUUGACUGUGGAGACGAGGCUGCUGAGUGGUUCUCCUCCUACCUGAACAGGCCGGGUACCAGACUGCUGUUUUCUGCGUCCAAUUGCAAGAAGAGGGAUCUGAAGGAGUGGAAAAUGUUUGCGGAGUUCGCAGAAACUGGUGAUGAGGUUGCCUUCCCUGACUACGCUGCCUUCAUGAUGCUCUCUGAGGCUUCCCUGGACAACCUGAAUGCCAAGCUGGACCUACCUGUCACUAUCAGGAACUUCCGUCCCAACAUUGUGGUGACUGGCUGUUCUCCUCAUGCGGAGGAUUCUUGGAAGUCCAUCAGGGUCGGCAAAGCCGAGUUCAGGAGGAUGAAGCAGUGUGAUAGGUGUGUCUUCACCACCAUUGAUCCAGAGACAGGUGUGAAGGGUGAGAAGGAGCCGCUUGAAACACUCAGGCUUUACCGUCAGGCUGAAGGAGCUAUGAGGAAGAAGGUGGGCACAUCGCCGAUGUUCGGGUCUCACCUGGCCGCCGAUAGGGAGGGAACCAUCCGUGUGGGAGACACGGUGUACGCAGUGGUGGACUGAGACGUCACCGAAUCUUAGCCUUUUCAGCAGGUCCUACAAGUUCGGAUUUCAAGAGGCUUAUGAAGUUCUUUUUCUGUAGCCUCUACCAAGCUCCGUGGACCGUUGGUCAUAUAGUAUAAAUUGGACAAAUAGAGGGAAGUGUGCGAGGGGAGUGUGCCGGCUAGAUUAGUCAAUAGACGACCAGUACUGACUCCUCUGGCUGUCCGACUCCACUAGCACAUUAUUCUCCCUAUUUUUCCAAUUUCUACUAUUUGACCAGCGAUCCGUGGAGCCUGGUAGAGGCUGCUUUUUCUGAUUGCAAAAAGACCAUAGACUUGGGUUCUUGUGCUGCCUGCACUUGGUUCAGUAACAAGAAACCGAAGUGCAAUAAACCGGAUAUGCCAUCAGAAAAAAAUCAUAUUUUUAAGCAAAAAGACGUUCGCGAACGAUCGACUCAUAGCGCUUGCUAAGGAGGCUACCCGCAUCUUAGCUUUUACUCUAGUUGAGAUCAUGGCGACUCACUUUCUUUCAAUCUAACAGGGUGUCUUAAUACAAAAGAGGAGUGUUAACUGUCAAGUGAGGCACCGAAUUAAAGUAACUGGUGUUUACUAACUAAAGUGGGGUUGUCCAAUGGUGAAGAUGAUGUUAAAGAUCAAUGUCAUAGAAUGUUUUCAAAAGCAACGGAAAAUAUCAUACAAACCUUACAUUCCAUCAUUCCAAGCCCACAAGGGCCCUUCUGAUUUAAUAUUGUUUAUCAUGGUAUAGUGACUUGCAGGUAUUGCCUGUUGAUAAGUAUGAUCAAUAGUCCUACUAGUUAUGUGACAGCAUGUCUUCCUAAACCUAGAAAAACAUAAUUUGCUAAUACAUGUACCUGUGUUCUAAGGUAUGCCAACAUUGUUUUCAUUAAAAAUAAUAUACAUGUACGAA